AUGAAUAAUUGUAUCCUGGGACUUGAAUUCGGGACCUGGCGCUCUCUAGGAAACAUCGAGAACACGGAGAAGCUGCAGUACAGUGGUGAGAAGCUGUACAAGUUCACCGUGACGGCCUACGACUGCGGGAAGAAAAGGGCGGCCGACGACGCAGAGGUGGAGAUUCAGGUGAAGCCCACCUGUAAGCCCAGCUGGCAAGGCUGGAACAAGAGGAUCGAAUACACCCCGGGGGCCGGGAGCUUGGCUUUGUUCCCGGGCAUCCACCUGGAGACCUGCGAUGAGCCGCUCUGGAACAUCCAGGCCACCGUCGAGCUGCAGACCAGCCACGUGGGCAAAGGCUGCGACCGAGACAACUACUCGGAGCGGGCUCUGAGGAAGCUGUGCGGAGCAGCCACGGGGGAGGUGGACCUGCUACCCAUGCCCGGCCCCAACGCCAACUGGACGGCCGGACUGUCGGUCCAAUACAGCCAAGACAGCAGCCUGAUCUACUGGUUCAACGGCACCCAGGCAGUGCAGGUGCCCGUGGGGAGCCCCGCCGGGCCGGGCUCUGCGCCCAUCGACGGCCUCAGCGACCACUUCACCCUCUCCUUCUGGAUGAAGCAUGGGGUCGCACCCAGCAAGGCCAAGAAGGAAGAGGAGACCAUCUUGUGUCACACGGUCCAGAACGAGGACGGCUUCUCUCACUACUCGCUGACGGUCCACGGCUGCAGAAUCGCCUUCCUCUACUGGCCCCUGCUCGACAGCGCCCGCCCGGUCAAGUUCCUGUGGAAGCUGGAGCAGGUCUGCGAUGAUGGAUGGCAUCACUACGCCCUGAACCUGGAGUUCCCCACGGUCACCCUGUACACCGACGGCAUCUCCUUCGACCCCGCGCUCAUCCACGACAAUGGCCUGAUCCACCCGCCUCGGAGGGACCCGGCGCUCAUGAUCGGGGCCUGCUGGACCGAGGAGAACAAGAAGGAGAGAGGAGACAACGCCACAGAGGCCGCCCCAGGAGACCCCUUGUCGGUCCACCACUAUUUCCACGGUUACCUGGCGGGGUUCAGUGUGCGGGCCGGCCACCUGGAGAACCGGGCGGUCAUCCAGUGUCUCUAUGCAUGCCGGGAGGGGCUGGAUUAUAGAGAUUUCGAGAACCUGGGAAAAGGCAUGAAGGUCCACAUGAACCCCUCCCAGUCCCUGCUCACCCUGGAAGGCGACGACGUGGAGACCUUCAACCACGCCCUGCAGCACGUGGACUACAUGAACACCUUGCGCUUCGCCACGCCAGGCGUCAGGCCGCUGCGCCUGACUACCGCGGUCAAGUGUGAUGAAGAGCGGAACGUGGAAAGACAGCAUCCUUUCUCCACCGCUCAGUGCGCCCGGGACCCCGACGCCCGUGAGCUGAGGACGGGGGCGGGCUCCGGUCUCCAUGGAGACGGGGGCGGGCUCCGGUCUCCAUGGAGACGGGGGCGGGGGAGCGCCCGGGAGCCGGGCCAGGCCGCGCAGCGGACCCGCGACCCCGCGUGGGAGCCGUUUGACCCCCGUUGCCGGGGCUCAGAAGAGGGGUUUACGGGAGGAAGCGGGACCUCGUGCCCUCCACACAGGGCUGAGCCCCGGGGUCCGGCGCCCCAGGCAGCGCCCUUUGCCCUGACGCGGGCGGCCGCGGCGCCGUCCUAA